AUGAAACAUGAAAAUAGAGAUCGCCAAAAACAUUUUUUUUUAGAAGGAAGAGGACUUGGCUCUACAAGCUUUUCUUAUGAUGAUACAUCAGACACUGGAGAACCAAUCUACACAGUGUUAGAUAUUUCAAAAACUAUUGUCUCAAAUGUUACCAUUAUUGCCACUUUUGAUGACGGAGCUGGAAAAUAUGUAACUUUGUGUGAGGUUGAAAUUUAUGGAGAAUGUCCUCCUGGGACCUGUAAUUCGGAUUGUCGUACUUGUCCACAUAUCUGUCAAAACAACUGUCAUCUUGAUGAUGGCUCAUGCAAUGAAGUUUGCUUUGGUUCUAUGGAUCCACCUGAUUGUAGAACAGCAUGUCCUGCUGGUCAGUGGGGUGUAAACUGUACAAACAUUUGUAGUGUAAAUUGUUAUGGUCAAUCGUGUGAUAAGAUAACUGGUGUUUGUGACAAGGCAUGCCAAGGCUUUAGUGAUCCACCAAGCUGUACAAUGGGUAUGUUAUAAUUAAAUUAUUGCAUUCUGAUGGUGAAAGGUCACUUUUACUUUUGUGUGGUCCGUCCGUUCGUCUGU